AUGGGUGUUUUGUUUCGGCGUAGGCUUUGUCGAGGAGGAUGGGAGCGGCGUUUAUCGAAUUUCAACAAAUGAAUUUUUAAGCCAGGCAAUUGUUGGGUCGGUUCGGAGCCGAAGCCGGACCCAGCCCCAUCUCAGCUUCGAAUUGGAGUCACUUCUUUGGGUCCAGAUUACCCGCAGGGCAUCGGGGUUCUUGGCCCGGCUGGCCUGCCUUCCCUUUCCCUGGCCCUCCUAGGAACCCCGGGAAUUCCCAAAACCCUUCUCGCGGCCCCAAAAAAAGGCUCUCGAGAGUCUUUCUUUCACCUGAGGCACUCGGCUUCAUUUUCCCACUUUCAGCUUAUGCUCGGGACAUGAUAUCCAUGCGUUCGGCCACCUGGACCGUCGCCAUUGUGGAGUUGGUGAUGUCUUGCGUUACCAUCGUCUCCUCCUUGGCCAUUGUCUCGGCCGAAUUCAAUUCGGUCACCAUGAAUGGGAAUCCCUUCAAGCCCAGGUGAGUGAGAUGUAAACUGAAUUGUCAUCAAGACUAAACUUGUAGUAUUCCGGCGGUGGGCGCGUGUCUAAUGAGUUUUUGUUUGGUCCUGACGAUAAUCUGGGCCAUGUUCGGACUCUCGGGCCAGAAGCCGUCAAUGCUUCUCCCUCACAUUAUCUGUUCUGUAAGUGCUUCUGUCAUCUAAUUAUUUAUUUGCAAGUCUUCUUGCAUAUGACAUAUUACGAUUUCCGUUCUUCAGAUGGUCGCUCUUGUUUUCCACGCUACUCUCAGCACCUACUGGCUGAAGGAGUGGAUUCGGCAAGAAAAGGCGGUGAAUGGGGACUGGCUCAUCUCCCUGGUGGUCAGCUCCCUCUUCCAAUGCGCACUCUUCAGUGCAAUUCUGGUUGAAUGUCGUUGUUAUCGCCGCAUGGACUGA